AGAGAGGGUAAGGCACAUUGCUUUGGGGGAAGGUCCAAAACCCUCCCUACUGUAUCUAGGCUGAACAAGGUACCCUGAUAUAUUCUUAGAAAGCACAGAUCAAGGUCUAUGGGCCAGAGACUUGAGAUACAAAAUGUUGGGGCAGGAGAAGCUUGACCAAGAGACAGGCCGAAGGGCUUGAUUGGAAUGGAAGUUGCUGGUGGAGGGACCCAGAAAAAAGAUUCUUCAGGACAACUAGGACCCCAAGAGUAGGCAGCCUGGGGUCAGGGUGAGGUUGUGGGCAGGCCCAUGGCGGGUCUUUGAGAUGUUUCCUCUCUGGGGUCAGGGUGGACCUGGAUAAAUUGUGAGGGUGUCGUUGUGGAGAUCACAGGGAAAAAUGGGAACUUACCUUGUCGAGGCUUGUGGUAGGCGUCUACCAUAGCACCAUUGCCGCCUGAGAGCCAGUGGGGCCCCAGAGUAUCUGUUUUACCUUGUUCCCUGUGCCCUCUUUUCUUAGUCAUCUUCUUUCUUUUCCUGUGCUGGCUGCAAGGUGGUAAUAGGGAGUGGGGCUCAGUAUCGUAUAUCUAAUGCUUCCCAGCGUGGUCCCCACAACGGCUCAGGACCAUUACAACCCACUGGGAGAACCACUAGACCCUCUUCUUAGAUGGUUCUAGGAUGAAGUUCAGGGCUCUGCUACACUAUUAGCUUUUUCCUUCCUUCCUUCCUUCCUCCCCUUCCUCCCCCCCCUCAACCCAGAGAAUCUCUGAGGGUUUCUCUAUUGUUUAUUGUAGUGUUUUUCUUUCUUGAGUCCAUUUCCCUUGCUCUCUGUCUGUGCCUUUGUUUGGUGCAGUCAGCACCAUCUGUGCUAAAGAGGACCUGCUCUGCCUUUAAGGAGCCCCAAGGAGGUACUGGCACUUGGUGCUUCUUGCUUGUUUUGUGAUCGUUCUUAACUCGCUCAAACUUAACAAAUGCACUCCUUUUCUGCCACCAGGCCAUGUUCCCCGACAAGGACUGGCUGAGCCAUUGUCCUUAAAGCCACGUUCCCCAGGGGUAUCCUGUGGGCAGUCAGACAGCCAGACAACAUUGAUCCAGGGUGGACGGUUUAUGGUGCUGGUCCUUGGGAACACUAUGAGGGAGACAUAACUCGGGCUGGAGUUAUUGGGGACUCCCCGUAGAAGGUGGGGUAGUCACUGAAGGAUCAGAGUGGUAAUGGAAUUCAGUUUUGAGGGUGAGAACUGUAGGCAGAGGGGAUGGAGUGUGUGGGAAACAAAACGGGUCACUCAGGGUAUUGUGAGGAUGCCCUAGGAUGUAUGCACAAACGCAGAUGGGAGGAAAGAGAAAGUUGUGCGAAUUGUUGGGGGCUGUGCCGCGUCCUGAGAGGUUCUGAGCAGGGAUCAAAACACUCCUGCCAGGGCUGUGGGCACAGUAAUGGACUCACAGUGAAUUGAGCCCUGAAGAUCCGGGGCUUCUUUCCCCCUCGAGAAUGAUCUUACCCGUUUAUGGCCUGGUGUGGCAGUUAAGGGGUCGGAGUCUACAUUCAUAUCUUAACUCAGCAGCGUACUAGUGGUGGGGAGUUUGCUGAACCCUGAGCCCAUUUCUUCAGACGGUAAGAGGGAGUCCCAAACGCUCCCUAUGCCAUGGCACCCAGCAUCUCUCUGCAGUGUAACACUACCGCAGCACGCAGCCUCCUCUGUGAAGCACAGCCCCUAGCACUCAAGAUGUCUGUCUGUACUGGAGUGCCUGGCACUCUCCCGCGAGCAUGGUGCCGGUAACUUCGCCCUGUUGAAUAGCCCAGAGCCCAGAGUUAAGCCUGCAUUGACCCUCAGCAGCUGCCUGCUGGACGGCCAAGCUGGAUACAAGUACCCAAGUCACCUGUGCAUGCUUUCCAGAUGGCGGUGGAGAAGAUGGGAUUCUAGUUAGGGGAAAGAUCUCUGGAAGAGCUGAGCACCUGACGACCCUGUCCUCAUUUUCAAACAAGUGACACCAGUGUUACUGCUGGAUGAAUCUCAGUGUCAGAUGCUGACUUUGCACAGAGCUCCUACACAUGGGGACAUCUGAGCUGCCGGCAAGGCUAUGGUUCUCAUCUCGAGAGGGAUUCCAUGUUUUCGUUGGCCCUGAAAUGCCUUAUCAGUUUAUCCACCAUCAUCCUGCUUGGUUUGAUCAUCGCCUAUCACACAAGGGAAGUCCAGCUCUUUGUGAUCGACAACGGUGCAGAUGACUGGCGGAUAGCCAUGACCUACGAGCGCAUCCUCUACAUCAGCCUGGAGAUGCUGGUGUGUGCCAUCCACCCCAUUCCUGGAGAGUACAAAUUCUUCUGGACCGCACGCCUGGCCUUCUCCUAUACCCCUUCUCGGGCGGAGGCAGACGUGGACAUCAUCCUGUCCAUCCCCAUGUUCCUGCGCCUGUACCUGAUCGCCCGGGUCAUGCUGCUGCACAGCAAGCUCUUCACCGACGCCUCCUCCCGCAGCAUUGGGGCCCUCAACAAGAUCAACUUCAACACCAGGUUCGUCAUGAAGACGCUCAUGACCAUCUGCCCCGGCACGGUGCUGCUGGUGUUCAGCAUCUCUCUGUGGAUCAUCGCCGCCUGGACCGUACGCGUCUGCGAAAGGUACCACGACCAGCAGGAUGUGACCAGUAACUUUCUGGGUGCCAUGUGGCUCAUCUCCAUCACCUUCCUGUCCAUUGGCUAUGGAGACAUGGUGCCCCACACAUACUGCGGGAAGGGUGUCUGCCUUCUCACUGGCAUCAUGGGUGCAGGUUGCACUGCCCUUGUGGUUGCUGUGGUUGCCCGCAAGCUCGAACUCACCAAAGCAGAGAAGCACGUUCACAACUUCAUGAUGGACACUCAGCUCACCAAACGGAUCAAGAAUGCUGCCGCCAAUGUCCUGCGGGAAACAUGGUUAAUCUAUAAACACACAAAGCUGCUAAAGAAGAUUGACCACGCCAAAGUCAGGAAACAUCAGAGGAAGUUCCUCCAAGCGAUCCACCAACUGAGGGGUGUCAAGAUGGAACAGAGGAAGCUGAGUGACCAAGCCAACACCCUGGUGGACCUUUCCAAGAUGCAGAACGUCAUGUAUGACUUAAUCACGGAGCUCAAUGAUCGGAGUGAAGACCUAGAGAAGCAGAUUGGCAGCCUGGAAACCAAGCUGGAGCACCUCACGGCCAGCUUCAAUUCCCUGCCCCUCCUCAUCGCAGACACCCUGCGCCAGCAACAGCAGCAGCUGCUCACUGCCUUCGUGGAGGCCCGUGGCGUCAGUGUGGCCGUGGGACCUAGCCACGCACCUCCCUCUGACAGCCCCAUCGGGAUCAGCUCCACCUCCUUCCCAACCCCGUACACAAGUUCAAGCAGUUGCUAAAUAAAACUCCCCACUCCAGAAGCAUUA